AGGAAGAUAAAGAUGGAGAUAAGGAAUGGGACAGCUGUCCAGGAGUUCACCCUGGAGGGCUUCCCUGCAGUCCAGCACCUGGGGAAGGUCCUCUUCCUGCUGCACCUGCUGGCCUACCUGGCCUCUGUCACGGGGAACUCGCUCAUCAUCACCAUCACCUGGGCUGACCGCCGCCUCCACACCCCUAUGUACUUCUUUCUCAGUGCUUUCUCCUUCUGUGAAUGUGGUUUCAUCACCACAGUUAUCCCAAAACUACUGAGCAUCGUUCUAUCUGGAAGACAAAUAAUUUCCUUUGCUGCCUGCUUCACACAAGCAUUUUCUUUCCUUUUCCUGGGUGCAACAAUGUUUUUCCUGAUGGGCGUGAUGUCCCUGGAUCGCUACCUGGCCAUCUGCAAACCUCUGCACUACCCCACCCUCAUGAACAUAAGGACGUGCGUCCUCCUGGUCACUGCAUGCUUCUCUUUGGGAUUUCUGCUUAUGGUGAUUCCAGUCAUAAAACUGUCCCAGCUGUCCUUCUGUGGCCCCAAUGUCAUCCCUCACUUCUUCUGUGAUUUGGGACCCUUGGCAAGGCUCUCCUGUCCUGAAAGCAGAUCUAUUGAAGCACUGUUCUACAACCUCGUCUCUUUUCUGCUUUUUACAUCCUUCUUUAUGACUGUCAUCGCCUACAGCAACAUAGUGAUCACAAUCCUGCGCCUCCCAUCAGUCAAGGAGCAGAAGAAAGCCUUCUCCACCUGCUCCUCUCACCUCAUUGUCCUGUCUCUGAUGUAUGGUAGCUGUGUAUUCAUCUAUGUGAAGCCAAAGCGAGCGAACAGACUGGACACCAACCGAGUGGCUGCUCUGGUGAACACGGUGGUGACCCCGUUGCUGAACCCCGUCAUCUACACCCUGCGCAACAAGCAGGUGCACCAGGCACUAAAGGAUGCUCUGUCCAAGGUGAAGUUGCAGAAAUAA